AUGACUUUGAACAAGUUCUGCUUUGAGUUUCAGCUUUUUGUGGGGGCUCUGGAGAGUGAGUUUGUGUCGUGCCAGCUGCACCAGUGGAUCGACCUGAUCUUUGGCUACAAGCAGCAGGGUCCUGAGGCCACCAGGUCUCUCAACGUCUUCUACUACCUGACCUAUGAAGGGACCAUCAACCUCAGCUCCAUCACCGACCCCAUGCUCAGAGAGGCUGUGGAGGCACAGAUCAGGAGUUUUGGACAGACCCCAUGUCAGCUGCUCAUCGAGCCACACCCACCAAGGAGCUCCGCCAUGCAGGUGGUGAGUCUCGCACACACGUACGCGCGCGCUCACACACAGGCUGACCACCAUACCAUGCCCAAUACCGUACCCAAUACCGUGCCCAAUACCAUGCCCAAUACCAUGCCCAAUACCGUACCCAAUACCGUGCCCAAUACC